AACAAAUCCAAAACUGCCAAAUCAUGUCCUAAAUCCCUAACCCAAAAUCACUCCUUGAGUCAGUUUCUCAUCUCCCUUCUCCUCCCUCGCAGCAUCUCCUGUCCGUCAUCUCUUGCUUCCAUCAUCUCCGGUGGCUGCGCGCGUUUCCGGCGUCCCUCGUCCGUCGUCGCUGACACAUAUCGAGAAGGUGUUGCUGCUGCUGUUUCCCGCGUUCCUUGUCCCGUUGUCCGUCGCCGCUGCUUCAUCUUCCUCGCUCCGUUCGCCCUGUCAUCUCCGGCGUCACAGCGUUCCCGAUUCGGCUUCACAUCUCCGGCGUCACAGUGGCCCAUCAUCUCCGUCUUCUUUGCUGUUGCCACUGCCGCUGCUCGCCGGCGUCACAGGAAUUCGGAUCUGAGAGAUUUGUUCAGGUGCUCCUGUGUGUCUGCGUGGAUGCAUAAAUAGGACAUUCUCCAAUUCUUUGCCAAUGGGCUGAAACUUGGAAGUUACAUCCUUACAACUACAGACAUCGAACAUCGUGUUUUGUAUGGUGACGGAAUGAUCUUUUUGGAUCACAGAUCAUUGAUAUGGUAGUUCUUGUCACAAACUGAUCCCGACACCAUGAAAGAAUGAUUUAGCACAAUCCCUGGCACACGUGCCAUUUUUGCUCCUCAGAGGAAGUUCCAUGUUUAAACUACAAUGCUUCAGUCAGAGGUUCUCCAAUGCUGCAUCAACUCUGGUUCCUGUGCAACUUCCACAACAAAUGGAAACGCAUUUUUGGUAUAUUGUACCAGAUGAAGUGAAGAAUGAAUCGCUUCUUAAUCAAUAUGUGGAACUACUAUCAUCAUGUGAGAAAGAAAAUGUUUUCCGCAUGUGUGGAGAGGAGCUUAAGAAAAGGGCUCUGCUAGCUCGUGCCUUGGUUCGCACUACCAUAGCAAGAUAUCAGAUAAAUUCUCAAGUUAGUCCAAGAUCCUUGAAAUUUAGGAAGAACAUCCAUGGGAAGCCUGAGGUUGAGAGGCAACUAGUUGACGGAUGGGACCAGCCUAUGCUACAUUUCAACCUUUCACAUUCUUCUUCUUUGAUAGCCUGUGGGGUGACCCUUGAUUCACCAAUUGGCAUUGACGUGGAAGAAAAGCAACGGAAAACAAAGAAUGAUAUAUUAUCUUUUGCUAGGCGGUACUUUUCACACCAUGAAGUGGAUUUCUUAGCUUCCAUUCCUGACCCUGAAAUUCAGCGCCAUGAAUUUAUAAAAUUAUGGACAUUAAAGGAGGCUUAUGUCAAAGCCUUGGGAACAGGUUUCUCGGGUGCACCUUUCAAGACCUUCACCAUCCGGUAUAGCACUGCUACUGGAGGAAGCUUUCACCUCCCCUGGAAUUCAGACUCUGAGGCAUGUGAAAUAGUUGUUGAUCCUUCUGACUGCCCCUCAAACUCUGCAAGGAAUUGGCAGUUUGCCCUCCUUGAAUUGGCUGGUACUCAUUAUGCCGCCAUUUGCAAGGACAAUAGUAACCUUGCUGAAGACAAAGGAAGCAGGCCAAUGAAGUUGACAGUGUGGAAGACUGUCCCAUUUGUUGAAGAUCAGUGUGUUUCUGGGACGGAUGCAGUUAUAGGGAUUUGUGGCUUAUCUUAGCAAUAACUAAAAUGAGAUGAUUUAGUGGAGGUGACCUCACAUAGUCGGCAUCACUUAAAGUACAAGACUUGCAUGUUUCUGGACAGCGUUGCCCCUUUUUUUGGCUACAUAAUAUCAUACCAGGUUUUUAAUGA